AGGGGGCCCGCCCCUCCGGGCGCUUCUUCCGGGUGGGGCCCCGGGCAGAGGCGAUGGCGCCCUGGGCGCUCCUCAGUCCUGGGGUCCUGGUGCGGACCGGCCACACUGUGCUGACCUGGGGGAUAACGCUGGUGCUCUUCCUGCACGAUACCGAGCUGCGGCAAUGGGAAGAACAGGGGGAGUUGCUCUUGCCCCUCACCUUCCUCCUCCUCGUACUGGGCUCCCUGCUGCUCUACCUGGCUGUGUCACUCAUGGACCCAGGCUACGUGAACGUUCAGCCCCAGGAAGAACUCAAAGAGGAGCAGACGGCCAUGGUCCCUCAGGCCAUCCCCCUUCGGCGCUGCAGAUACUGCCUGAUGCUGCAGCCACUGAGGGCCCGGCACUGCCAUGAGUGCCGCCGCUGCGUUCGCCGCUAUGACCACCACUGCCCCUGGAUGGAGAACUGCGUGGGGGAGCGCAACCACCCGCUCUUCGUGGCCUACCUGGCGCUGCAACUGGUGGUGCUUCUGUGGGCCCUGUGCCUGGCAUGGUCCGGCCUCCGGUUCUUCCAGCCCUGGGGGCUGUGGCUACGGUCCAACGGGCUCCUAUUUGCCACCUUCCUGCUGCUGUCUCUCUUCUCAUCAGUGGCCAGCCUGCUGCUGGCCUCGCACCUCUACCUGGUGGCCAGCAACACCACCACCUGGGAGUUCAUCUCCUCGCACCGUAUUGCCUACCUCCGCCAACGUUCCAGCAACCCCUUCGACCGUGGCCUGAUCCGCAACCUGGCCCACUUCUUCUGCGGAUGGCCCUCGGGGUCCUGGGAGACCCUCUGGGCUGAGGAGGAGGAGGACAGCAGCCAGGCUGUUUAGGGUCGCUGGAGAUAGAGCUGCCGUCCUGUGCCUGAAACCAGAGGGGCUGCACCCACUGGGGUCUGCCCUCAAAAGGCCUAGGGCUCCUCACUCCUGCCUACUUCUUUCCAGGCCUCAGAGCAGAGCAUAAGGACAGAAUCUCUGCCUCAGUGGGCAGCUGGGCCCUCCAAAGAAAGAAAGAGAAUAAGAGGACCCAUGGGGUGCUCGGGCACAAACAGACCCCUGGCUUCUGAGACCUCUACCUGCCCCCCAAGCCAGGCUGCCUCCCAGUGCACAGUUUUACAAAUUUAAUAAUCCAUAAAGCAAGUCAAGUAUUAAAAAAAUAAAUCAAGCCACUCCUGUGGCACC